AUGGAUCGAGAGCAAGAAGAUCUUCAAUUCUUAGGCUUCUUUGGUAUAUGCAAAGAGACAUUCAAUAUCAUCUUUAAUUGGUCCAAAAUUUUCACCAAGCUCACCCUAACCUUGAUCAUCCCCCUCUCUUGCAUUUCCCUAGCCAAUGAUGGGUUUUCGACCUUCAUAUAUGGUAAGAUCAUUAACAACACGGCCACCUUAGAUUACAUCCCACAAGGCACCCCGGCUUAUGACAAGAUUUCUAACAUGAUCUUCUCAGAAUGGACUACGUUUUGGCUCAUCAAAUUUGCCUAUCUCAUAUUCCUCCUUAUAUUUUCUCUCCUAUCGACCUCUGCAGUUGUCUACACAAUCGCGUGUAUCUAUACAGGUAAGGAAAUCACUUACAAAAAGAUCAUGAGUGUGGUCCCUAAGGUUUGGAAGAGACUAAUCAUCACUUUUUUAUGGAAUUUUGGCAUAAUGUUCGUAUACAACUUUAUCUGGUUUAUAAUUACAAUGAUAGCUCUUAUCAUAUGGUUCAUAUUCAUAUUUCCAAACGGCGAUUCUCUUGGAAAAUUGGCAUCAUCCAUACUCUUCAUAAUAUACCUUCUUGGGUUUACAUAUAUUAAUGUAAUAUGGCAAUUAGCAAGUGUUAUUUCUGUUUUAGAAGACACUUAUGGGAUUCAAGCAAUGAUGAGGAGCAAAAAAUUGAUCAAGGGUAAAAUGGGAAUUUCAACAGCAGUGUUCUUGAUCUUUACAUUUUGUUUUGUUGGAAUUGAAAUGUUGUUUGAGAAAGCAGAGGUGAUUGAUUGGACAGUUGGAAUUGGAGGGAAAAUUUGUUAUGGAAUAUUGUGUUUGGUGUUGUUGACUUUGUUAUUUUUGUUUGGGCUUGUUGUUCAAACUGUUAUUUACUUUGUGUGCAAAUCUUACCACCAUGAAAAUAUUGAUAAAUCUUCUUUAGCUGAUCAUCUUGAUGCUUAUCUAGGAGAUUAUAUUCCUUUAAACUCUAAGAACAUACAAUUAGAGGAAUAUCAUGUGUAA